AUGAAGAAGAUCCUGGUGAUCGUGAUCAAGAUGAUCAAAGAUUUCUCCAAGAUCAUCAUGCUGAGCCGGUACCACAACUUUCGGUGCUACAAGCAGCUGCGGCUGUACAAGUGGAUCAUCGUGUUAAUGCUGGUCGCGAACUCGGUGAUGGUGUGUCUGGCCGGUUACCACGAAAAGCGGUUGCUGCACGAUCUGCUGGACACCUACAACACACUGGAGCGACCGGUGGUCAACGAAUCCGAUCCCCUGCAGCUGAGCUUCGGCUUAACGCUGAUGCAAAUCAUAGACGUGGACGAAAAAAAUCAACUGCUCGUCACAAACAUAUGGUUGAAGCUAGAAUGGAAUGAUAUGAAUUUAAGGUGGAACACAUCGGAAUAUGGUGGUGUUAAAGAUCUACGAAUACCACCGCAUCGAAUUUGGAAACCAGAUGUUUUGAUGUACAACAGUGCUGAUGAAGGCUUUGAUGGCACAUACCCAACAAACGUAGUCGUGCGAAAUAAUGGGUCUUGUUUGUAUGUGCCACCAGGAAUCUUCAAAUCAACAUGUAAAAUAGAUAUAACGUGGUUUCCAUUUGAUGAUCAAAGAUGUGAAAUGAAGUUUGGUAGUUGGACAUAUGAUGGUUUCCAGUUAGACUUACAGCUUCAAGAUGAAACUGGAGGGGACGUGAGUAGUUUCGUGACGAACGGGGAAUGGGACCUGCUGGGUGUCCCCGGGAAGCGUAACGAGAUCUACUACAACUGCUGUCCGGAGCCUUACAUCGACAUCACAUUCGCCAUCAUCAUCCGGCGGCGGACGUUGUACUAUUUUUUUAAUUUGAUCGUCCCGUGCGUGCUGAUAGCGUCGAUGGCACUGCUCGGGUUCACCCUACCGCCGGACUCCGGGGAGAAGCUCUCACUAGGUGUAACAAUUUUAUUAUCAUUGACUGUAUUUUUAAACAUGGUUGCUGAAACAAUGCCAGCCACGUCGGAUGCUGUUCCACUUUUAGGCACAUAUUUUAACUGCAUCAUGUUUAUGGUUGCAUCAUCCGUUGUUUCGACAAUUUUAAUUUUAAAUUAUCAUCAUAGAAAUGCGGACACACACGAAAUGUCUGAUUGGGUUAGAAUCAUAUUUUUAUAUUGGCUGCCAUGUAUUUUAAGAAUGAGCCGACCGGGUAGAAGCUUAUCGAUGGAGUAUCCGGCAACGCCAACGUCGGAUAGUUCCGAACGGAAAACGCACAUACAGGACGUCGAACUGAAAGAGCGAUCAUCGAAGUCGUUACUAGCGAACGUAUUAGAUAUAGACGAUGACUUUCGUCACAACUGUAGACCACUAACCCCCGGAGGUACACUGCCACACAAUCCAACGUAUUUCAGGACUGUUUAUAGUAGCGACGAUGGGAGUAUGGGACCGAUCGGAAGCAAUCGAAUGCCAGAUGCAAUUGCGCCACCACACACGUGUUUCACAUCAUCCGCUGAUUACGAACUAGCUUUAAUAUUAAAAGAGAUACGUUUUAUCACCGAUCAGAUACGAAAAGAGGACGAGGACAGCGAUAUCGCCAAGGAUUGGAAAUUCGCAGCAAUGGUAGUUGAUAGAUUGUGCCUUAUAAUUUUCACAUUUUUCACAAUAGUGGCAACCAUAGCUGUUCUAUUUUCGGCACCGCACAUCAUCGUUUCGUAGCCAUAUGGAAAAGGUUAUUGUUAUUGGUUUUAUCAUAAAAUCAAUUUGUUAUUCAUUAAAUUAUUGUCGAGACUUUUUAAAUAAAAUUCAGGCGGGGAAAGAGAGUGCGGAAGAAAAAUCAUGUGAGUGACACGAAGAAAAUCAGAAAAAAACUGGCGACAGCUGCGAAAGUGGGAAAUCUUAACUACAGGCAGAAAGCGAAUAAAAGCCAAACGAAACCAAAAAAAUAGUAAAACACACGUCGAAAACCUUAACCCUUUACAGAAGGUAUCCAAAAAAUAAAACACAAGCACAAAAUCAGAUUUAGGUUUUUUUUCUCUGCAGGAAAUUGUAUCAUUUUACUUUACAGCAAGCAAAGUUCGAAUCGGUCUUCUUCGCUAGGUUUGAGGAAAAUCGAGACAUAUAUUUUUUCUUCUUAUUUUCGAGAACAAGCAAUAAUGGCGACUGAUAUCAAGAUCGAGCAACGUAUCGCGAUUGUUGGAAAUUUUAGGAAUUUGAAAACUGCAGCACUUUGCUGUCCAGUUUCCGUUUUCACAGCAGCUCAUACAAUCACUUUCGUUUCACGCGCAUUUCUCAAUCAAAAGCAAUGCAUCGAUUUCUCGUUGAUUGAGGUUAGGUAAAAAACAAAACGAAUCGUCUCAAUCUGUCCCGGCGCGCACCGAUCGUUACACGUACAGUCUGUAGAAAUCGCGAAAUUGUUAGGCAAACUAAUAAAAAACUCACGUGGCGAGAUGACGAAAAAAACGAAUUCAUUGAACAAAAAAAAAUCAUUCACACCCUCACUCACACAAACUCACAAGCAAAACAAAGAAAAAAAAACAAACAAAAAAAAAACAUAACUUUAAAAAGAUAAGAAAUUGAGCAACUUUUUUAAGUUAUCAUUUAUAGCGAAGAUAUUGAAGAUUUAAAGAAGAAAUCUUAUAAAAAGUAACAAAAAAAUCUUUAUUCUUUGGUUCGAACAUUAUUAUUGAAUUGCACCUUUGAAAAACUGCAGCCCCUUUCGCCCUUUUUGAAGCAGCAGCGGUUGGCUCCUCCCAUUUUCCCCUCUUCGGGAGAAAGGGGAGGAGCCAGCGCGGUUGCCGUUGCCAAAACGGGAGAAAGGGCAUCGGGUUGGCCAAAAGGAUGCAAACGAGUAAAGUGGAAAUUUCUAAAUUAAUAAUCAGAAGAAAACAAAAAAGUCGCAGCGACGCGCACCAGCAGCUCAAAGUUGGCAAAACAAGAGAGAGAAACAAUGGGAAAGAGAAGGGGCGUUAUAUUGAUAAACAAAGAAGUAAACAAUCUUCCGAAUGGCACACAGAGAGAACCAACAGAGAGAGAGCGUCAUCACGAGGAGAGAGCGGAAAACAAAGUGAGAGAGCGAAUGGGUGAGACACAGGACAAAAGAGAGAAAAGAUAUUUGGUAGCUUCUUUCGAGUUUGUGUAGUAACGUUUAUCAAAAAAAGAAAACAAGCAAAAAAUUAAAGCAAAUGCGGAAAGUGUCAAAUAAUGGAUCAAACAACCAAGGAACCAUGCGAGAAGCAAGUGCAGAAAUUAGGCAAGAAUGAGAAAGAGAGAGAGAGAACGCAAGACGCAGCAGAGUAAAAGAGGAGAGCGAAAGUUUUAAAUGUAACGCAGUGAGCGCGAGAACAAUGGGCUUGGGCCAACACACACACACGCUCUCAAAGACCGAUGCUGAUUUUAACAGCGAGAGAAGAGAAAACAAUUGAAAGUCAAGGAAAAAAUUUAUCAACAGCAGCACGACUGUGAUAUAUAAUAAAAAAAAGUAUAUUUAAAUUAUUAUUAUUAAUUAUUGAAUAAUUAUUGAUUAAAGUACUGUAAUUAUUACUGAGCGAGACGACGGCGAGGAAAGGGAAAGAGAGACAAAGAAAAAAAUGAAGCAAAACAACUGAGCGGAUUCGGGAGAGAUUUGAUCCUCUCCCGGAGAGACACUAUACGACGCGUUGAACUCGUUUGGAGACAGCUGAGAUCGACGGGUUGAGCCGAUUGGUGGGUUUGGGCGAGCUGGUUUAGUUUCAUUUAACCGUGAAAAAUAAAAAUAUAUCAAAAUUUGGUUUACCUUAUUCAAUUGAAAAAUUCAAUAAAAAUCUGAAUCCCAUGCAAUUUUUUAAUUGUUAAUAAACUUUCAAGGGCUAGAAAAAAUGAAAAUAAUAAAAUUAAAAAUAAAAUUUAAAAAAGUAUUCUUUUCUUAAAAAAUGUACAAUUAAAAUAUUUUACUGUUGAACAUUAGGGUAAAAUGACCAGUUUUUGGACAUUAGGGUAAAUACUUUAGUGUUGGUCAUAAGGGAAGAAAAAUCUCAAAUGUUGAACAUUAGGGUAAAAUACUCUAGUGUUGAAUAUUAGGGUAAACUGACCUGUUGUUGGACAUUAGGGUAAAAUAUUCUAGUGUUGAACAUCAAGGUGAAGUGACCUUUAAUUGAAUAUAAGUUAAAAUAAUCUAAUAUUGGUCUUCAGGGUUAAAAUACUCUAGUGUUGAACACGAGGGUAAAGUGACCUGUUGUUGGACAUUAGUGUAAAAUAAUUUAGUGUUGGAACAUGAGGAUAAAAUACUCAAGGGUUGAUCAUUAGGGUAGAAUACUCUAUUGUUGAUUAUUAGGGUACCUGUUUUUGAACAUUAGGGUGAAAUAUUCUAGUGUUGAACAUUAAGGUAAAGUAACCAGUUAUUGAAUAUUAGGGUAAAAUACUCUAUUAUUGGUACUUAAAGUAAAAUACUCUAGUGUUGAACAUUAGGGUAAAGUGACCUAGAAAUGAGUAGAAACUUGCAACAGAUGCCACAAAAGACUAGGGGAUCGUUUAAGUGGAUUGUUUUUCUUUUUUUACCUAUUGUUGGACAUAAGGGUAAAAUACACAUGAAAUAUUUUCAAGUUGGAAUAAGGGUAAAAUUCUUUAGUGUUGGACAUUAGAGCAAAAUACUCUGAUGUUGAUUAAUAGGGUAAAGUAACCUAUUUUUGGACAUUACGGUAAAAUAUUUUAGUGUUGAACGUAAAGGUAAAACACUCAAGGGUUGAAUAUUAGGGUAAAAUACUCUAGUAUUGUGCAUUACGGUAGAAUGACCUAUUGCUGGGCAUUAAGGAAUAAUAUUUAAAUGUUGAACAUUAAGGUAAAGUGAUCUGUUCUUGAGAAUUAGGGUAAAAUACACUAAUGUUGAACAUUAGGGUAAAGUGGCCUAAUGUGUGGGUGGGUAAAAUACACUUGAAAUGUUUUCAAUAUUUUAGAUAUUUUCUGCUACUGUCAUUAACCUGAAGCAUGACAAAUUUGUUCUUCUGACUUUGCUCAAUUUGAGUUGUGCUGCUUGAUUCAGUCAAAUUUUAAAGUUAAAGCAGUUUUUGUUAAAAAUGUAUAUUUUCUCUGGAGAUUUUGUUUCUUUUUGAUAUUCGACUUUUAAAAUGAUCAAACGGUUACAAAAAAUGUCAAUAGCAGGUGUCAUGAUGACUUAAACCGGAUAAAAAAUCAUUAUUUUUACCAAAAUCUGACAACUUUCUUGCAAAUUGAACAAAUCACAUCGACUCCCAAAAAAAACACAUCGCCAUUCAAUCAAACUGAGGAAUUUAAACAAAGCUAGUUAUUUCGUCGGAAUCUAAAAUUAAACAAAAAAAUCUCUGUAAAUAGUAGCAUUUAAGGGGCACACACAAAAUGAGCGCCAUUAUUCAGGUGAAACUACAGUCCAUUCGGGCUCAAUGGACUGCAGUUCGAGAGGGUAAUUUCUGCAUCAUUUUACUUACAAUUAAUCCAAAACAAAACUACACUAAAUGUAUUGGAGAAAUGAAAAAUCAUUGAAUAUCUGGAGUGACAUUGGCACAGGUUUGAAAUUGAUAGGGAAGUAGGUGCUGAUUUUUUGGUGGUGUGUUCUUUUUCAAGAAGUUGAGGAGGAGUUGUUGAAUUUUAAGGUGGUUAAACGAUCGAGGUAAUGCAAAUCACAGUUACAAAACGAUAAAAGUGGGAGAUUUACAUUACUUUUGAAGUUUUUUAAAAUGAGCCAUAAACCAAGUUGAUCAGUUUAUAAGUUGGUGAUUAAAUUAUUUCAAAAUUAACGGAAAAUUUAUACAUUUCUGACAUCAAUUGCUUUACACUUCAUAAUUUGACUACUUUGAAUAGCAGAUCUCAAAAAGAUCAAACUCAGACAAUAAAUUUUACGUGCUUCUUGCUAGUGAUAGUAACAGAUAAAAUUUCAAAAUUUUGAAAAUCAUUCAAAACUUAACCUUGUUCAGACUCUUGUUUAAUUUACAUUUUCAAGAAACUUUGAAUCGAAAUGGUAUCGAUAUUUCUUAGCAGUGUUUCCAGAAUUUUUGAAAGUCUUUCAAUAUCUUUGAAAAUGCUUUAGGAGUUUGAAUGGUGUUUUGAAUAAAAUUUAUAGCAUCUUAUCCUAAAAGUUUGAUAAAUUUAGUGCUGAAAUCUCAAAACAGGGUUGCCAGAUUUUCAAUGGUUUUGGCAUAUGAGAAAUUAUUUUUGACAACUUUUUAGUGAUGUGGAAAAUUUUCAACAUCUGACAUUAAAAAUUCUAAUGAAAUCAAUUUAGGCAAAGUUACUGUAAAACAGUGUUGCCAGAUCUUUUUUUAAUUGAAGAAUAAAUAGUUUUUUUUUAAAUUAUUUUAAUGAAUUUCAGAACAUUCUUCAUAAAAAACUGGGUACCCAUAACUUAAGACAAGGCUUCCAGAUCUUUCUUGAGAUUGGUGAGUUUUUUUAGAAAUUCCAAUUAACCCUCAACCAACCAACCUAAAUCCACCUGUCAGCCCCACCGCGCUCCGAGUUCCUUUGCUCUGUAAGAAAAAAAAGCUGAGCUAAACAAAGCAAAAAAAACACACACGAAAACCCAAAACAAAACAGUCGCAUUUCUUAUUAAAUGUAAACAAUUUACAUUCGCUGAGAUAAGGUUAAUAAGACAAAAAAAAGAACAAGAGGCAGCACUGCAGUGGGGCGGUUGCCAGCAAAACGGUGACAGUUCUGUACAGUUUUGUUGUGGUUUUGUUGCGAUGAAGUUAGGGCCAGAUGGAACCAAAACAAAGUGUGGGAAAGAAUUAAUAAAAGCAUACAAACAAAGCAGUACUGAACCAUUUUCCUAUAAAUGUAGUUUAAAAAAAAAGAGAAGGUAAACAUUUAAAGCAAAACUAGAACAAUUUCGUUUUCGUACAAAAAAGUGGGUAUAUUUGUUGACGGAUUGAUUUUCAUCACGUUUUGAUAGUUUAAGCAUAAUUCUAGCAAGAGGUUUAAAGGUAUUAGUGAAAGUCUCCCGGUUACAGAAGAUAAAAUCCACUAGCUGGGUGAGGGAAAUAAAAAAAAGUAAAACCACAGACAGAGUAAGACAUUAAAUAAUUGAAUGAAACAAGUAUUAAAAGAAAACAAUUGAGGCAUUAAAUCACGAACUUGAAAGCACAAAAAGGAGAUACAAUUUAAAUCAAUUAAUAAUUAAGUGGUAGUUAAUUGAAAGAAGAUAAAACAAGUAUGUAAGGGUGAGCGCUAAAGUAAACCCUUGCAGCAAAAGUUACUCAGCAAAAAAGGAACUUUUUCCACGGGAAGCCAACUUGCUGGAUUGGAGGACCCCUCGUGGCAGGAUGUGGACGGCGCAGGACGACGAGGAACGACGACGGUUUCCCAGUGAAAAGUGGCGCUGAGCAGAUAUUUACGAAAUUCUAUGAAUUUUCAAAUAGUACAGUAAACCAAAUUGUAAAGUUGACUAUAUGUUAAGAGGUAACCCAAUUUAAUGAUUAUAAUCAAUUACAAAAAAACACACGAACAUUGUUGAGUGAGCGAACCCCUUUUGGAUGAAACACACACACACACACUAAUAGAGAUACUGUGAAGGUAGGAGGCGGCCAUAGAUGGCGCUCCCCUUGAAAAAAAGAGAAGACACAAACACUGUAGUACUGUCAAGUGACAGAAAAGACCACGUGCACUGGAAAACUGUGCCAAAAAAGAAAACACGGAGGAAAAUUUCAGUCCCGAAAAAGAGUUCAGCAUUAAACAAACACAUUAAAGAAUCACACUUAAAAAAUAUCGUCUCACGUUGCCAAAAUCAGCACACUUUAAUCCGAACAAGUAAAUUAAACGAAGGAAAUCAAAUCGGCGAGCGCAGAGCUGCGAGAAAUUGAAUCAUUAAAUCCAACUUGGAAAAAUACUAAAAUGUACCAUAUCAGUAAAACAAAAAAAAAAAAAUCACUCAAUUGAAGAUCAAAUAGUCAAAAUCGCUUAGAGCACCCCUCCUUCCCGUCACUGAAAAGAAGAAAGUUUAAGAAUCAGCUCCGUCGACCGCCCAAGUCGACCAGCACGAACGAAGCUUGCUCUAUACAUUGAAACAAUACGACUUUACUCAACACUCCCACACAGAUACUUCUAGACUGCAACCAAUAUUGCGAUAAUUUUCCCCAUCGAACGAACGAUACAAACGAUUGUGUAAAAGGCAUUUUUUAAGGUAGACUAAUUUUUACACUCCUAACACACUAAUACACACGUGCGCAGCUGCAGAGCAACCUCCAAACUCCCACUCACACACACACUUCACACGAAUACCAAAUAAAAAAAAAUCUAAACGCAAACGAGGCAAUCGAAUCGAUUCCACCAAUACUGUUACACCGUUGAAUUGUUUAUUUUCGAGCUACAAAAACUACCACCACCAGCACCAUUUAAUACGAUUUUUAUACACACGAAAUCCCAUCUUUUGCUUCCUUCCAAUUUCUUGAGAAAAACAAAACAAAAACACUGAAAACCAGUCAGAAUCAGAAUCGAAACGUAGUGUGACGAGCGUUUAAAAUCCAUUGAACUAAAAAAAAAAGAGAACGAAAAAUCAGUAAUUAAAUUCACGUUUUGUGACCUCCCCUGCCCCUUAAAAACGAACAUCACGAAAAUAAAACCCAGAGAGAAGACAAGAGAAGAAAAAAAUGAAUGAACUUAAAACGGGAAUGAAACAUUUUCUACGCAAUUUACAUCAAUUUGAUAAAUGUGAAUAUUUUAAUUAGUAAAGUGCGCAAGCAGUUAAUCAGUAAAUAAAGCGACGAAAAAAGUACGAUGGCGACGUGAAGAUUUAAACAAAGCAAGUACAUAACACUAAAUAGAAUUCCUACUUAAACAAAAGAUACAAAAUCAGUUGUGGGCGACAGGCGGAAUGCGACACACACUCACACAUAGCCAUACACUCAUUGAAACAAUAGAACCGAAAUAGAGCAGAGGUACAACCAAUACAUACAUCGUUAAUCAUGACCACCAUUUAAUAAAAAUCACAAAUUGAGAAUGCGAACCAGUAAUUCCUUAACUAAUUUUUGCGAAAUUUUUAGGUCAUCUAACUUAUUUUAUAAGCUUAUUAAAACAAUUUAUCUAAGUGUCAGCAAACAAACAGCAAUCAAAUUUCAAUUUUUUAAUCAACAGUCAGCAAACUAUCAAAACAAAUGUUUGGUAGUAUGUGUGAGUACUUCUUAAAAGGCGAUGCUAAAAUUUUAAGAGAGGGCCAAAUUCUCUUCACUCUUUCGUGAAUUUGGAGGUUGUCUCAACAUAAACUGAGCGAGAAAUUUGAAAGCGAACCAGUAUCCAUUCUCUCUUUUGCGAGUUUCGAGAUUUUUGGACGAGUUUUCUGUCUUACUAAAACAGUCAAAAAUAAAACGUCAUAUCAGUUUUUAUAAACCAUCAAUGUUUGAUUCUUCCGAAAAACUUCUCUGAGUUUUCAUUCCAAGUUGAAAUUAAAAUAAAUUUAGCCUUGUCUCUGUAACGUUUACUAAGCAAUCUUAAAACUAUCAAAACAAAUGUUUGGUAGUGUAUGUGAGCACCUUGUAAAAGAGCUAUCAUCAGCGAUGCCAAUAUAUCAAACGAGAUAAUAUUGAAGAAGAAUCUCUCUUCACUCUUUUGCGAGUUUAGAGAUUUUCGUGAGCGAUUUCAACCAAACUAAUAUGUGUUUAUGAGAAUUGAUAGAUACCGCUUGACAAGCUGUCACUUUUUCGCAGACGAUUGGAAGAAAAUCCGUCUCAGAAAAUAUAAACCGAGAGAUAAUUUUUUGUGAAACCCGGUGUCUUCUCUCUCUUUUGAGAAUUUUGAGAUUAUCGUCAGAUAUCUUUAAAUGUGGUUCUUUUCAAAAUAGUUUUUUUUUUCAA